AGCCAAUGAGCGGCAGGGGGCGUGCCCCGGCGCGGCUCAAUGGGGCGGCGUGGGACGCUAAGCCCAGGUUCUGUCUGUGCAGGCCAGAAGCACUGUGUGCGUGUCCUGCGUGUGUCCCUGCCGCUGCCGGCCCCGUCACACUGCUGCAUUCGGACAGCGCUCGCCACCCACCGGCCUGGGGACAAUGGGGAAGGGCUACAAGGUGGUGGUCUGCGGAAUGGCAUCUGUGGGGAAAACUGCGAUUUUGGAGCAGCUUCUCUAUGGAAAGCACACUGUCGGUUUAGAAGAGGGUGCCACAAUGGAAGAUGUGUACUUGGCAUCGGUGGAGACGGACCGAGGUGUGAAGGAGCAGUUGCGGCUGUAUGACACCAGGGGUCUGCAGGAGGGUGUGGAGCUGCCGAAGCACUACUUCUCUGUUGCCGAUGGCUUCAUUCUUGUGUAUGCCAUCACCAGCCUCGAAGCUUUCCAGAGGGUCGAACUGCUCAAAAAAGAGAUCGAUGUCUUCAGAGACAAAAAGGAGGUAACAGUUAUUGUCUUGGGAAACAAAAUGGACCUCCUGGAGCAAAGACAAGUGGAAACAGAAGCAGCACAGCAAUGGGCAAGGGCUGAGAAAGUGAGACUGUGGGAAGUGACUGUGACAGAUCGGAAAACACUGCUUGAGCCAUUCACCUUCCUAGCGAGCAAACUCUCCCAGUCCCAGAACAAAUCAACAUUUCCCUUGCCUGGAAGGAAGAGCAAAGGGAAUAACUGCGAUAACUAAGCUCCCUUUAAUGCUGUCUGCUGUAGCCAGGUGCAACCUAAAUCCUUUCUAUGCCUUUUGCUUCACGCGGUUUCACUUAAAGCAAUAAUCUCAUUCAGCAAUAAAUCAGCAAGCUUAUGGCUAA